GAAAUUUAAUCGAUAGAGGCGGGCACAGUUCGCACCAGAGCUUCUGCUUCCAUGGCUGACCUCCACAUUUUCUUCCUCCCCUUUCUCGCUCCAGGUCACAUGAUUCCCUUGGUUGACUUGGCCUGCAUCUUUGCGCGCAGAGGAAUCAAAGCCACAGUCGUCACCACCACCGCCAACGUCCCCCUCAUCCAGCCCACCAUCGACAUAGUCAACGCCGGCGACGCUUCCCUCCUCCAUCCGAUCCAACUCCUCCCCCUCUGCCUCCCCUGCUCGGAAGCUGGGAUCCCCGAGGGCCACGAGAACCUCACCGCCUUCCCUGACCCCGACAUCUCCAAACUCACCGCCGCCACGGACAAGCUCGAGCAUUCCUUUUCACUGCUCAUCCAAACUCACCGCCCUGAUUGCAUCGUCGCCGAUCUCUUCUACCCUUGGGCCAUCGACGUCGCCAAACAAUUCGCCAUUUCUCUGCUCUCCUUCAAUGGAAGUAACUGCUUUUUGUCCAUGAUACUAUCCAUCCUGCACCGCGACGAACUGAACCGGGGCGAGAUCGAGACCGAACGACUCAUCGAGAUUCCCGGCAUACCGCGCAAGAUUCACAUCUCGGUUUCUCAACUUCCCGACUUCAUCCUUCGUCCAACCGAGUUCGAGUUAAAAAUGAGCGAAAACUAUAGCGGGAGCCACGGCAUAGUCACGAACAGCUUCUACGAGCUGGAACGGGACUAUGUCGAUCGAGCUCCGCCCAACUCGAUCAACAGAAAGCUCUGGUUCGUCGGUCCCGUGUCGGUGCAGAACAGAGAUUUGGACUCGAAGAUCGUGCGAGGGAGAGCCGCCGCUUCGAUGGGCGACGAUUAUUUCUCGAGUUGGCUCGAAACCAAGAGCCCGAGGUCGGUCCUCUACGUCUGCUUCGGGAGCUUGGGCCGGUUCACGGCCACUCAGCUGCGAGAGAUCGCGCGGGGCCUCGAGGCCGCCGACCGGCCGUUCAUCUGGGUCGUGUGGGACGCUGACGAGCCGUCGGAUUGGCUGCCGGAGGGGUUCGAGAGCAGGGUGAUCGGCAGCGGGAAGGGAUUAAUGGUGCAGGGAUGGGCUCCGCAGCUGCUCAUACUGAAUCAUCAAGCGGUGGGAGGCUUCGUGACGCACUGCGGGUGGAACUCGUGCCUGGAAGCCAUCACCGCCGGAGUUCCAGUGAUCACUUGGCCUCUGUUUGCCGAACAAUUCCUGAACGAGAAGCUGCUGGUCGACGUCCACAGGAUGGGAAUCCCGAUCGGUGCAAAAUUGUGCAGUUUAAAACCAGAGGAGCGGACGCCGGUGAAGGGUGAGCAACUGACCAAGGCGGUGGAUGAACUGAUGGGCGACGGAGAGGAAGCAGAAGAGAGGAGGAAGAGGGCGAGGGAGCUCGGAGAGACGGCGAGAAGGGCGGUGGAAGAAGGUGGAUCUUCUUACGAAAACAUGACUCGCCUCAUUCAGGAGUUAAUUAGUCUGAAAGCUGUUGAUGGAUCCUCUGAAUGCAAAGGAGCAAGUUGA